AUGAGACGUAUAUUCGUCUUACUGUGUUUGAUAACGCGCGCGUGCUUCGAGAUGCAAACAGUUCAACAUUUUUACAUUUCACGUAAAACAAGAUCGAAUACACAACCGAUUAAAUCUGGUUACGUUUAUACUCAAGUUAAUGACGAACCGGUUAAGUUUUCUACAUUCUACAAUAAAAUAAGAGAUCGAUCGAGCUCGGAGUCAGGGGAUCAAAUCGAUAGUUCAAUGAAAUUAGACGAGAAAAAACGUAAAGAAAGGGGUACUCAACUAUUCGAUAGCUCACAUAACAACAGAACUAAAGGACCUCAUUCAUCAAGAAAAUAUCUAUACGAUUCCAUGUCUGACACAGGUGAAUAUCAGAAUGUAGCUGCGAGUAAUAUCGAAUCGACCUACGACACGAACCACGAUUUUCACACUGACGAUGAAGAUAUUAGAACGGAUUCCAGAAAUUAUUACGGUUGGCCUUACUUUUAUCACAGUCUCUAUGAAUAUGAGCCGAUGAAUUUUAACAUUGAAUACGAGAAGGCAAAAGACAAACGUUUCAUUUCUCCUCAGGUUGAUAAAAUUAUUCCUGUGCAUGAGAAUUUAGAUGAGGAUAUUCCUGAUCCUCAAAUAUAUUCUAGUUAUAAAGAUAUGAACAUCUUGACGACUGAUAAUCCUAAUUACGGAAACCAACCUUUUUUCUCAUAUGUUCUUAAUGAUUACUUCGAUAAAACGUAUGAUGACGAUCCAUUGAAUUUCAAAGGCAUUCCAUGGGCAAAAGAAGUCGAUCAUAAGAUACCAUUCAAAGAUAUUUACGAUUCUUCUAAGCGUGUAAGACGUCUUGACGAUAAUAAUCCAGAAGAUCGUUCAGAUUUCUCAUAUGGUCGUGACACAUUACAAGAAUCUUUAAAUGGAAAAAGUUACGUUAGCGAUCACGAUUCAGAAUUGAAUGAAAAUGGCAAAGAAAACGAACAUAGUUAUACAGGAGACUACAAGAAAAAUGAUCAAAACUAUGGAGGGUUUAAAGAUUUCGCUGAUGCUUUUACAAACAGAUUUGGAUCAGAAGAUCACAACAAAGUUGCCAAAUACUCCAUCAAAAAUAACACUGAUGAAGGUGGAAAAAAGAAAGGAUUCCGAAAAGUUUACCAUAAAGAUGAAUAUCAAGAACACAAUGAAUUCUUUGACGAUAACAAUAGCAGUGUUAACAAAGAAGAAAAUGGCGAAUCUAAAGUACGUGUUGGUGGAUCGGAAGCGCUUUUACGCUCACAAGCGGCAGCGGCGUUAGGAAAUACUCAAAAUAAACUGAACAAAGCAGAAGAUGUUUCAAGCCACAAUUAUGACCAGACACUUGCUGGGAAACAGCGGCAUGGAGGGGUUGAAAAUAAAUAUAAUCAGUUUAGAGACUUAGUCAAAAAUGCAGCCUUCAGUAACAACGCCGACUAUUUUAAUAUUUAG